UUCAAUAUUGUUGUCACACAAACGCCUCACUAUUUCCAACAAAUGUGAUGCAUGUGACAAUAGUUUGGAUGGAACAUGAUGUUAGUUGAAAUGUAGAGCUACAUGAAUAUAGCCAAUUUUCACUUCCAAAAGGUUAUUAUCAGUAAUGUUAAAUGAGCUUUGCUAUAGAUCCUGACUUUGUUCGAUUGUGUCCUGUAUGAGGGCAAAGGUCUUGUGCUUUCAGUUGGUUCAAUAACCAGCCAGCUGUUACAUUAGACAUGAUGAGGAUCAAACCACCUUCUAGGAAUUUAUACAGUCCUGCACGAGCUGUAAUUCCAUCAUUCAGCAAGCAGACACUGAGAGAGAGUGAACCUGAUUCUUUCAGACGGAUGCACCAGCAGUCUAGCUAAUGAAUGCUGCAAUUCCGGGAUAUUUGCCAAAAACACCUGAUAAUCUCUUUCAUAAUAUUACACAAUUUGCUCAUCAAUUUUAUACACUGAUCUUGCAUACAGCAGCAUAAUUUGCUAAAAAAGAUCAGACAGACCAGAGCAGGGGAAAGAACAAAUACAAUUAGGACACCACUAUCAGCGCCCCCUGCAUUUUUAGUCCAAAGAGGAUCACCAGCUGAUCAGCACCGAGGUGAUGGAGAAGUUUUUUACGCCUGUUUGCAGCCCCACUGCUGCAAAUGAGGCCAAGCCAUGGAAGCGGCAUCAUCAACCACAUCCUCACCAGCAUCACCAUUACCAAGACCCUCAGUCACAGAGGUACGCAGUGUCGGAAGAAAUCAGUUUAGAUGAAACCCACAAGCACCACCGUCGGCAUCAACGGUAUCUCCAAGAAAGUGCUCAGCAUAACCACGAUCCCCACCGUCACCAUCAAACACAAGGACACCACAGUGAGGAAGAUGAGAUGCUCUACAACCACAGCUCUCCUGUAACUUUUGCUGGGGUUUCCUCUUCUCUCUCUUCCUCUUCAUCCUCUUCAUUAUCCUCUUCCUCCUCUUGGUACGCAGAUGCGAGCGCCAAUGCUGCUUUAUCUGCUCAUUACGCUGUGAGGCCGCAGCACUCGCUCUCCUGCUCCAAUAUCCCAGAUGUGCCGCGUUGUUUCAGGGAAGACGAUGACAGUGAGCUGAUUGUGUUUGCCACCAUAAAACAUCCUAACAGCAGCAGUCAUGGACAUGAAAGACCACAGCAGCAUAGGCUUUCUUCUCUUGACCAAAGCCACAGCCGAAGUGACAAUGACCUUAUGCAGAGUAAAUCAUGUGUUCUUAUAGGAAAACAAGACAGGGUACCUGAUGCGGACUGUGUACCUCUGUAUAAGACAGUUAGCUUGACCCGAAGCCUGGCUUUCAGUGAGGAGGACAUUGUGCUAGGGGUUGGCAGGGGUCCCAAGAGAGCAGUAUCCUCCAGCCUGCUACCUGGCAAAGGGAUCCUCAAGAACAAGGAAACUCAAGCAGAUAUCCGGAAGGCUAAAUCAAUGGAGGUCCUGUCUCCAAGAGUUGUUAAAGGUCAAGCUCAUUGUGAAAACAAAGGCGAUGGGCUCACUCAGCCUGAGAUAGAGCGAGUUAGGGAGAACUUUGUGAAGGGAAAGUUGCAGUUCUCAGCCUUUCUGGAUGAAAUUACAACACAAGUUAUAAGUCCGUCGGAACUCAGCAGCCUGGGCGCAAAAAGUCUUAAAACUGCUGGGAAGACCUUUGAACCAACUGAAACAGCUGGAGCAGUCAAGCCUCAGCUUCCACCUAAAAAGUACAGAGAGAGCACAGGGGAGGUGAAGGAACAGCGUCGGAAACAGCACAACACCCAGGAGAAAGGAUCUCGUAUCAGCCUUCGUUCGCACCCUUGGAAACACUCUGACCACAUCAGUCCAGAUAAACUGGUCGCACUUGCAAAUAAGAACCACCAAGGAAGCCCUUCACCUCCUCACUAUCCCCAACACACUCAGUAUGAUCCCCACCAUGGCAACAGCCAUAAAGACAGGAGGCCAUUACACCUUGACAGAAGGGACAGAUAUGCCACAAGUGGCACACGCCUCACCGAUGGAACCACCACAAGCCCCGAGCUCAAUCACCCAAAACUAUACUACCACCAGAGACAGCAGCACAGAACAUCCCAAAACCAGCACUACUUUCAGCACCAACAUCAGCACAGACACCCUGGCCCUGCAGCCACAUCCCCUCUGACCUCAGCCAAGAGUGCAGAACCAGUCUUCAGAUCAGAGUCUCCAUCUACUAAAUGUGAUUCUUCUAGGGCCAGAGACACCAUCUCCGCAGUGACCAGUCAACGCUCAGAACACAGUGGUCAACACUGUAACCAGAAUGUCCACUUUGGCCACUCUGAACAACACCCGGACACGUUGUUUGAUGCUGAUCAUCUCCAGGCACUGCAGGAGGAGAAUGCAGAUCUUCAGCAGAAUUUGCUCCAGACGCUGGUUUGCAUUGAGAGUCUAGAGGCUGAGUUACAGAAGACCAGGGAGGAGCUCAGCCAGAUCAAAGAGAAGCAUAAAAGCCUCCUGGAGACUGAAAGCAGACAGGACAGUAACCUGCACCCUGCAUCGGAGAGCCGAAGCAGUGACACAAAGUACCUGUUAAACCUUGUGACACAACUGAGCGCAGAGCUGCAGGAAGCACACAAAACCAUCGCUGCCCUGGAGAACAUCAAUCUGCCGUGCUUAAUAAAGGAGUUACUGGAGAAGCACUUUGAUUCAGCUGAGUCCAUACAGAGUUUUCUGAAGACCUGUGAUUCAAUCAGCACUUCUUCCACCGUGCACCAAUUCCACACAAACAGAGUGGACGAAGCAGCACAUGAUUGGCUCACGCAAUCAGUAUCCAGUCCAAAGAAAGUCCCUGCCUUCAUGCCCUGGAAACUGGGAACAGCACCUGUAGGAAAUGAAGAGUAUUUCUCACAUCGUCACCAAUCCAGUCACAGCUCACCUUUCUCUGUGACUGAUGUCAGCAAUAAGAAAACAGCUGCCAGUUUUACUGCCAGACUACAACCCCUCUGUCCUCAGGGCAUCGCUGCUGACACGCCUUCAGAUGUCCAUCAGGCCUGUGUUGGUGCAGACAGCUGGAGCAGGCAGCGAGGGGGAGAGGCUGCUGAUUUGGAUGUGAAACAGCUCUUUGAGGAUUUCAUGCAGCAGCUGCAGGCAGGUGUGGACAGGCAGCAGCAGGACGGGCAGGAUCAGGUGCAGGGAGAAGGAAAGCUGACAGCCAGGCAGCCAGAAUAAAAAUAAUCCAUGUGUGAUUAUAAAUACAUAUUCCAUUUCACAGCACCGAUUUAUACAGUGUCAUUUUUCACAGAGUCCUGUGAUAGACUGGU